CGCUACAGCAGCGCCGCACCGCAGAAGAAGUAGUUCAGUUGCUGUAGCUGCAUGGUAUAGGACAAUGGCGGCCGCCUUGAGAGGAAGCCUGGGAACAUUGGUCAAGGGCCUGAGUGGCCCCAGGUGGCAGCAGCUGGCCUCCCGACCAGUGAGUGUUUCUGCUGGUCUCUGUGGGCCAGAAGCCCCGCCUGCUCGUGCAGAUGCAACCUUUAAGGUCACAAUGGUUCCAGGGGAUGGAGUGGGACCUGAGCUGAUGACUGCUGUCAAGGAAGUGUUUAAGGCAGGAGACGUCCCCGUAGAAUUUGAGGAGUUCCACCUGAGUGAAGUGCAGAACAUGGCCAGCGAGGAGAAACUGGAGCAAGUGUUGACCUCUAUGAAGACCAACAAAGUGGCCAUGAAAGGAAAGAUUCACACGCCCAUGGAGUUCAAAGGGGAGCUGGCUUCAUAUGAGAUGAGGCUGAGGCGUAAACUGGACCUGUUUGCUAAUGUGGUUCAUGUGAACAGCCUGCCAGGCUACAGUACUCGCCACAACAACCUGGACCUGGUCAUCAUCCGUGAACAGACUGAGGGGGAGUACAGCUCCCUGGAGCAUGAGAGUGUGACUGGUGUGAUCGAAUGCUUGAAGAUCAUCACCAGAGAGAAGUCAAGGCGCAUCGCCAAGUUUGCCUUUGAUUAUGCCACCAAGAAGGGACGAAGCAAGGUCACCGCUGUUCACAAGGCCAACAUCAUGAAAUUAGGUGAUGGCCUGUUUCUGCAGAGCUGUGCGGAGGUGGCAGAACUGUACCCAAAAAUCAAAUAUGAGAACAUAAUCAUUGAUAAUUGUUGCAUGCAGCUGGUUCAGAACCCGUACCAGUUUGAUGUGCUGGUGAUGCCCAACCUGUAUGGUAACAUUAUUGAUAACCUGGCAGCAGGGCUGGUUGGAGGAGCAGGUGUUGUUCCCGGGGAAAGCUACAGUGCAGAGUACGCUGUCUUUGAAACUGGUGCUCGCCAUCCCUUUGCGCAAGCUGUAGGAAGGAACAUUGCUAACCCCACGGCCAUGUUGCUCAGUGCUGCUAACAUGCUCAGGCACCUCAACCUGGAAUAUCACUCCCACAUGGUGUCAGACGCUGUCAAGAGGGUCAUCAAACAGGGCAAGGUUCGGACACGAGACCUUGGCGGGUACUCUACCACUGGUGACUUUGUGUGUGCUGUUGUGGAAAACCUGCGUCACAGAGCCGUUUACUAAGAUGUUUGCUCCCCAGACACACUCCUCCCUGACAUUUCCUUUAAUCUGGACACUGAUCUUAACAUGAACUCGGACGCAUGUUAAGACUCAUCUCUCCCCUUCACUGCCAAAUGACAGUUGUGUCGCACAGUUUUGGGAAACACUUUCAGUUGCAUUUAUUGUUUAUACUGGGUUUGUUAAUAAAUCCAUUUGAAUCAGCGGUGCCUUGUACAGCUCAUGAGGCUACUUCUCAAGGAUUUACAUGUUAAAGCUUGUUGCCCCUCUCCAUGGAAACCCCUCUUUCCUCAUAGUUACUAUCAUCUCUGUGAUGUGAAGGUUAGAAUCAUGUUCCCUCCUUUCGCCUUCUCUCCUAAACCCUGGAUUUUUUGUGCUAAGUUUGAUGCCUUUUCAGUAUUUUUACUGGACUGAUUUAGAUCAUCUGUGUCAUUUUUCUCGUUCUGGGAGACAUUUUUACAUCCACCUAUUUCUUUUUGCUUGUCGCUUGAUAAUCUAAAUGUUCCAGCCAUGUUGGCCAUACAGACUACCUCUUUGCUAUCACACAUCAUUAGUUAUCAGCUAAUCUGCUUUUGCCUCGCGGUCAACCACCAACUUCCUCUUAUUGUCAUGACAUUUUUCACUUUGUCUGAUAGCCUCAUCCUUAACCACCUGAAAACUGACUGCUAGUGUAACUUAUUAUAUAACAACAUUGCUACAUCAUGACCCAGUAAUACCAGAACAUUUCUGACCUACAGAUGUUGUCAAUCAGACUCUUUCACUCUGCUGUGAAAUACUGUAUGGCAAAGGCAAACCCAUCUGAAUGCAAAAUUCUUGUCUCUUACUGGGAUAUUAAUAAUAAAAGUCACAUUUUAACAUAAACAACUCUGCCAAAUUAUCAUGAAUAGUUUCAUCAAUAUAUAGUGUUACUUUCUAGUGUGAAUAUUUUCAAUUUUUAUACCAAAUUGUAACAUUUUAUAAUAAUUCUACACUUAAUAUCCACAGAGAAUCUCUUGAGGUGAUGUUCAGUGUCCAUAAAGCUAGUUGUCUGUUCAUCAUAAGUGGAGCAGUGCAGACCAUCUACACUAAGGUUAAAGAGAAAAGUUACAUUUUCAAUAAGUAUACUGUAGAUUAGUGGCUAGGUUCCCAGUCUACUGACGACAAACUAAAUGAUUCAAGUCACGAUUUCUUAUUUAAACAUAAAUGCCAAAGAAUAAAGCACAACAUUUAUCUCAAGAUGGUGCUGCUCGUUCCCACAGAACUGUUGCUGCCUCUGAUGCUGUAAGAAUUAAGACUCUGCUUUUUGUUCAUCUGUCAUUCCUCAAUAUAACUGACUUCAUGUGUAGUCAGUUGUUAACCCCAAUAAAACAUAAAGUUAUAUAUUAGUAACUUUAUAUUUGUUUGGACCAAAUUUUAAAUCUUGUUAUGGAGAUUGUAUACCACUAACAACAGUGUCAUGUGUUUUUUGUAUUUGUGGGUUUUUUGUCUUUUUGUGUUAAUCAGAUUUAGUUUUCCCUUUGUUCACAAUAAAUCCUGUAUCGAAGUGUCAUACUUUCAUAUUAAAGCUGGUCACAAGUGUGAUGUUGUAUUAAAUGAAUAACAUUC